UAUUCAGAAAACUUCUCUUCCGAAGUGUCUAAUGCCGUAAAAGACUCGGAUACUGUGUCUUCGGUGAAGACGAAAGAUGAAUUAUCUGUCCAAAGGGUUUAUAAUGAAACCGAUCCUCUGGAGAAUCAUCCUGCUCAUCCUAAAAAGUGGCCCUUCUGGAAAAAAAUAUUCUUAACAUGCUUAACAUGUUCGCUACAAUGUUUUAUCUUCCUGACACCGAAUGCUUAUCCCGAUAUUCAGUACUCGCUUCAAGCAAAAUGGAACCUUACUUCACAAGUGUCUAUUCUUGGCCAAAGUAUGUUUAUCUUGGGUGUUAGUCUUGGUCCUUUGUUUCUGGGUCCGUUCUCUGAUUUGGCUGGUCGCAAAUGGGUAUACGUUGGUACAAUGGUUUUCUAUCUGUGUUUUAAUGUUUCCUGUGCACUUGCUCGGAAUUACGCUCAACUGGUCAUCUCUAUGUUCAUCCUCGGAAUAUGUGGAUCAACCGCUCUUGGAAAUGUGGCAGGAGGUGUGGCAGACCUUUUUGAUGAUGAUGAAUCUCAUUGGGGAAUGUACAUUUUUAUCUUCAUGUGUUCGCUCUCGACAUUUGGUUCGCCUGAGGGUGUUGCUCUCGUGAAUGACAAGAAGUUGGGAUGGCAAUGGCUUUAUUGGAUUAACGUGAUUGUUUCCGGAGCCUACCUUGUCGUCUUUUCUCUUAUGCCCGAAACCCUUCCAAGUAUCAUCAUUUCCAAGUACGAGAAGAAACGCGGUGGAAAUACGGAUUUCAUCCCUCGCAUGACAGCAAGAAAGUUUGCUGAUAAAACCGUCUUUGUUUUUACCAACGCUAUCAAGAUUUUCUUUACAGAACCUAUUGUUGCUGCCCUCGGUAUCUACAAUGGCUUCGUUAACGGCCUUCUCUAUUUCUUCCUUGCCGCAAUUUGGCCUGUCUUUGUCAACAUUUACAAAAUGGCUGAUCUUUCGGCUUCCUUCACCUAUUUGGCUGCCAUUCCCGCUUGUAUCAUUCUGCUCUUUUUUGAACCUUUGCACUCUCGCAUCUACAGUCGCGACAAACAAGCAAACAACGGUGUUGCUAGACCAGAAGCUCGUCUUAAGGUUUCCCUUGUCUACAUUUGGCUCUUCCCCAUCGGUAUCUUUAUGUUUGCUUUCUGCUCCCAAAGUUACAUUCACUGGAUUGUUCCAUUGAUUGGUCUGACGUUUUUCAACAUCGCCGACUAUCACAUUUGGCAAGUAAUGCUUCUUUACAUUACCGAUUCCUAUCCUUCUGUGUCCGCCUCGGCAGUGGCCGCUUUUGAGCUUCCAUCUAAUCUCGGUGCUGCUGGUUUUACACAUUUAAGUGCUUUGAUGUUUGCCCGUAUGAAUGUUCAUUGGGCAACUGCCGUUGUUGGUUUCUGCUCUCUUCCUCUUAUUGUUCUUAUUAAUGUCCUUUACUUUAAGGGUCAAGCUAUCCGCGCACGCAGUAGACUUUGCGGUGCAGCAAAACAAGGUAACAGUGUUUAA